AUGACGCGAAUCCCAGUGGUCGUAGAUGACCCAUCACCAUACCUAAGCACCAACUCAACCCGUCCGAAGGCAGGGUGGAUAGCAAUAGCAUUGGCCACUGCCUGUCUCAUCGUUACCGUCGUUCAGAUCAUUUUCAGUAUCAAGCACCGAGCUAAGGUGGCCUCUACCUUGAUCUUCGCAUCCAGCCUCCAAUGCAUCUCGCUCGUCGAGUUCGCCUACUCUUCAUCGUAUCCACUAUCGACUUCGUGGAUGGCCGCUGGCGCCGUCUUUUCUUGGAUGGCUGGCCCGGUACUGACAUUCUACUGCACUCAGAUCUUUGGCCGAGCAGCUAGAGCGGGCUCUAUGUCCAACCCAGGUCACUCGAAACCUCUACGCGGCUUCGUGAGGUGCAAUACGACCAUCUUUGGACUGCUUGUCUUCGUUGCGUGGCUCAUCGUUGCCACUGGGAGUGCGGUCGUGACAAUCGGUGCGCCUCAAGGACAGGUCGAUUCGGGUAACCUUCCGGUCGUGACGGCUGGGCAAGGCGUGAUGAAGGCUGGACUUGUUCUUCAGCUCGUUGUUCUACUCAGCUUGGUCCUCAUCGUCUGGCGAUUCAGGGUGAUCUCGACGCACUGGAAUGUCGAUUGGGAUGCUAGAAGGAGGUUCACGUGGACCUGGAAGAGACUCAUCACCAUCAUACUCUCCAGUAUUGGCCUCCUUCUUCUUGGGCAGAUCUACCACGUCGCUCGAUUCUUUGCGAACUCCAACGAAAAGCCUUGGCUUGCGUUGAUCUUCGAUGCUUUCCCAAGUCUUGGGAUCUUGGUCGUCCUCACCAUUUUCCAUCCUGGUCUUUGCCUGCCGCCUAGCCUCCUCAAUAUCACCGCGCGUCAUGCAGGCGUGGAAGAGGUCGUUGAGAUUGAGAUGGUGAAAUCAUCAAAGGCGUCCAGUCCGAAGUCUGUGCACUUCCAAUAA